GUGCCCACCCCCUUUUUUGAGAAAUUUAAAAAACCCUUGCAAGGCGUGCUUGGGGCUGUUUUUGCUUGUGCUCUCCUGCAGCAUUCUUCUCCUGUUUUCCUUCCCUGGCCUCUCCCAAUAAAUUUGCUGGACUUUGCACGGCAGAAGAGCCUCCCCUGCCUCCUUUACUCGGUCCUUGUCGCUUCUCCAGGCGUCUCUGCUGCUGGGCAGGUGGCUCAGAGGUUCUGGCUCAGGCAGGACCCCAGCCUGGCCUGUUCCCCACUCUGCUGCUGGCCCCGGGACAUGGCAGAGCUAGCCAGGGCUCCGGAGGACAGUGGCACUGAAGCGAUACGCGGAAUAAAUAAACAGACUCCACAACCUCGGGUAGUUAUGAAGUGGGUAUGUAUGUCAGUGCCUGGCACAGAUUUUACUGAGAUGAUGAGGGCGCUGGGGUAUCCUCGACUCAUAUCCAUGGAGAAUUUCCACACCCCAAACUUCAUGCUUGUGUCAGAAGUGCUGCUGUGGCUGGUGAAAAGGUAUGAUCCUCAGAGUGACAUUCCCGGGGAUGUGGAGACAGAGCAGGACCGGGUUUUCUUCAUUAAGGCCGUGGCUCAGUUCAUGGCCACCAAGGCUCACAUCAAGCUGAACACCAAGAAGCUGUACCAGGCCGAUGGACACGCCGUGAAGGAGCUGCUCAAGGUCACCUCGGUGCUCUAUGGGGCCAUGAACACGCAGGGAGGGGAGCGUGCAGACCUCCCCGAGGAGGACAGCACCAAGUUCAAGUUUGAUCUGGGCUCAAAAAUUGCUGACUUGAAGGCAGCUAGACAGCUUGCUUCUGAAAUCACCUCCAAAGGAGCAGUCCUGUAUGACUUACUUGGCAAAGAGGUGGAACUGAGGGAAGCAAGGACAGAAUCUAUUGGCAGACCUUUGGAGAUAAAUGAGGCUGAGAAGGUGAUGAAAAUUGCCAUCAACAGCGUUCUGGAAGAAGUCCAAAAGACCAAAGACAUGUUGAAUAAUGUGGCUUUGGAUGAAGCCAAUUUGGAAGCCAAGAUUGAAAAACGAAAAUUGGAACUGGAAAGAAGCCAGAAGAGGCUGCAGACUCUGCAGAGUGUUCGCCCUGCUUUCAUGGAUGAGUAUGAGAAGAUUGAGGAGCAGCUGCAGAAGCAGUACAGCACUUACCUAGAAAAGUUCCGAAAUCUGACCUACAUGGAGCAGCUCCUGGAUGAUCAUCGACGGACAGAGCAGGAAAUGUUUGAGGAAGCAGCCAACAUGCUACGUCUGAUCCAGAACAGGCUGAAGGAGGAGGAGCAGCACCUGCUGAAGAGUGGAAGUAAUGAUGACUCUGACAUAGAAAUCCAGGAGGAUGAAGGAUCUGACAGCGAGAGGGAUUUGCAGAUCACGAGGCACCGCAUCAGCACAGAAACUCUCCUGCCAGGUCCAUCUUUUCAAGUCACUUGGACCAGAGUCCUGAAUGAGUGGCAUCAUGAGGACCUUUCCCCUCCCGGAGGUGGCAGACUGGGACACACUGUGCUGGUGACAAGGCAGUGCUGCUGAAUGAAGCUGAAAUAGCCCAUCCCUGUGGAGCUGUGCUUGAAAAUCACCUUCUAUUCCACACUGCCAGGGUGUUUCAGCUCCUGUGAACCGUUCCCCCCCGUGCUGUAGCUCAUUUCCUUUUGUAACAUUGGUGUUAAGGGCUGGUUUUGUCCUGCCCAGACCUCAGAGACCAUUUCACUACUGAGACAGGAACAACUUCAGCCCCAUUUGAUCUUUAAUGUAAGAAGACAGCUUUAUAAAACCCUGUUUUUUUAGCAGACAAUCAGUCCAAAGUCACACAGUGAGAGCCGCUCUCUUGGAGUCCCUUUCCUUGCAGAGCUGGUGGAUCAGGGUGUUAAUGAUGUGCUGGCAGAGAGGGCACUUGCUGCUGAGUGCCUGUGGCACCCUGCAGGCUGGGGGAAGGUUGCAGAGCCUGAAUUAUCCCUCAUUUUUUUUCAGUUUUUUUGGGAAAAGGAUAGUUUUGCCAUGCAAAUCUUCUCAGGUGAGCCUCCACACUUCUGAUUGCAACCCUUCCAUACUGCAGGCAGGUUGAAAAGCAGGGAAAGUCCUGUUCUCAGUGGGAAUUGUCACUCUGCGUGUGGAAUUUCUCUCUCCAGCUUGUGGCCAUGUUCAGAUUUCUGCUAUGGAAUUUCUAGAAUGUUUUCCUUCCCUCUCAACCUCCCCCAGGUGUGGGCCAUCCCAACAUCAGACCUAGUGAAGAAGGAGGAGAGGCUGUAGGUCUGAAAUGGUAGGAACAGCUCCCUCACCUCCAAGCAGAUUUCUUUUUCAUGGAGGUGUAAGAAACAAACUGAAGUGUGCUCCCCCAUGCA